CAUCCAUUAAAAGAAGUAGGGAAAAUAAUAAUAAAAAAAAUGAUUAAUGACUUCCAUUUUCUUGUAGGUGUUAGACAAGAAUUACUUCUUCACGAAGCUGCAAUCAAAAAUGAUUUGGCUGUGGCCAAAAAACUCAUCGAAGCCAAAGUAGAUGUUAACGCAAAGGGUCACAUGGAUCGCACACCCGUGCAUUGGGCGGCAUCUAAAGGACAUUUAGAUAUAUUAGCAACGUUAAUACACGCAAAAUGCGACAUAGAAGCAACGGAUAAGUAUGGAAUGCGCCCUGUACUAAUGGCCGCGUGGUUCGGUCAUAAAGGAGCAGUGCAAUUGUUAGUCGAAAAUGGAGCAAAUUGUAGGGCAGUUAACAGGGUAAAACUGCGUUAA